ACAACCAUUUUCCUCUGAAUUGACAUUCCAAUGGUCCACUUAAGAAGAUCUAUUGGUCUGGCUGGAACAAGUACCGGUAAUUUGGCUACUUCCAUCAGACAAAUUUAUAACCGAGAAGUUGUGUUAAAUCCAGAAAGUACACAAAACUACACACAUUUACAGUCACGGUUUUGUCUUAAUAAAAUGCGACGUCGUCGUCGUCCAAAAAAUCCAACCACUAUUGAUCAGUUAGCAGAUAUCUUGAAUGAUCCUUCAACAUUGCAGCGCCCUUCUUCAAGAUUCUUUCAAAAUGAUUGUCCAUUGAUGGUAGAUGGAGAACGAGUUGGUGUAGUAUUUGCUAAUACAGAGGCAAUCGACAAAUAUAGGGGAGAACUACUCCAAUCAAUUGCCAUCGCAGGAGUAGAUGGAACUUUCAAAACCGUGCCGAGAAAUCCUCCUGAUUUGAAAAAAGGCUGCCUGCUUACUUUUCAUAUAGUUUUAAGAAAUGUGUCUUUUCCAAUGGUGUAUGCAUUGACUACAAGGAUGACACAGUCCACAUACGAGUCCUUCUUUAGAAUUAUACGACAGAUUUUACCUCUCAACUACAACCAGUUAACCAUCAUAACAGAUUAUGAAAGAGGUUUGAUGAACGCAGUAAGUAUUGUUUUUCCCCAAACAAAGCUCCAGGGAUGUUGGUUCCAUUUUUGCCAGUCUGUUAUCCGGUACUGCAAAAGAAGCAUGAACAGUCUAUUCCAGCUAUUUCAGACAAGUGUUGAGGCGGCUACAGUUAUUACCAUGCGGUAAUAUGAUAUUACGAUGAAACAUUUUUGUGAUUAUUUAAUUUGCCUAAAACUAGUUUGAUAUUUUUACUUACUUGGUUAAAUUCAAUUUGGGUUUUUAAUUUUUAGGUGUUAGCUCUACCCCAUUUUCCUGCUGAAUCCCAAAUUAAUUGUAAUUUCACAAUGUUCGAUGGUUUUCAAAUAAUCGUGGAUUAUGUCAACCAACAACCUGUAGUUCGCGAACGCCUACAGGCAUUUUUAUUUGGCUACAUACAAGAUUUUUGGUUUAGACAAAUAACCGCUAAAAACACAAGUGUCUUUGGGUCAGAGGUUCGAACUAACAAUUAUGUUGAGUCUUUUCAUGCCACACUCAAGACACAGAUUGGAAAACACCCCAAUAUCUGGGAUUUCAUGCGUAUAUUUAAUUAAACCAUAUACAUAUAUUCA